AUGAAGGAUACGGAGGCUCAACACCCUCACUCUGACACUGGCACCUUCUUCAAAAAGUUCAAGCUCUACGGUAGCAUCAAGUGCCACGGAAACAUCCAGUUCUACUGUAGCUUCAAGCUCAUCCGUGAUUUCAAGCUCUACAGUAUUGUCAGCCUCUUCUACAUCAAGUUCCGCACCUGUAUCGAGCUCUACAUCUGCUACCAGCUGCUUCGCCACAGUCAGUACUACCGCGACUGCACAGGCCUGCGUCAAGUCUCUUCCUACUGCGUGCGAGAGCCUGUUUAG